UAAAUCACCGUUAAUACCGAGAAGAAGAAGGCCCAGCUGCGUACUAGUAAUAUACAGUUAUAGGAAGUCUCAGGAGGAUGGAAACUUGUAUUUCAAGAACUGUACACCCAAAGUAUUUUGUGCCUUUUAUCAAAUUAGAUGGAAACCAGCUCAAUGCCCAAUUGCCCCUCCAUAACUAAUUAAACGGUCAAGUUUAUAGGGACCUGGAGCUACUAUUGUGCUAGCGUUAACUCAGCUAGGUAUCUGCUAAGUGGCUAACAUCAGCAAGCAUGGCCUUGGCUGAGGUCAACUUGCAAGAAAUGAAUGAGGUCGUGAUAGUGACAAUGUCUGAUGAAACUGUUGAGGGCCUCUCUGUGGUGGAGGAGGAUAAAACAGUGAUGGUAGCCACCCAGCUCAUCGAUCAGCCAGGAACUCAGGUCCUCACAGUCACUCAAGUGGAAACUGAUGAUACGAGUAAAUCAGAUCCCUUGUCCAAUGAAGAAGCAGUCAUUGUGAAGCUAACAGAGGAAGUGGAUGCGGAGUCUGAUGUAUUCUACCCCAUAACGUGUGGAGAUGCCACAGGCACGUUGGUGUGGAAGAAGUUUGUCUGCCCUGGGAUCAAUGUGAAGUGUGUCCAGUUUAAUGAUCAGCUCAUCAGCCCAAAAGAGUUUGUCUGCCUUGCGGGCAAGUCGACACUGAAGGACUGGAAAAGAGCUAUCAGACUCAAUGGCACCAUGCUCAGGAAGAUCAUGGACUCCGGCGAGCUGGAAUUCUAUCAUCACGCGAAAGUCUGCUCCAACACCUGCCGCAGCACCAAAAUUGACCUGUUGGGAACCAAAUUGGCCGCCAGCUCAGACCAGUCUGCCGACCUGGCUGCUGCCACCUCAUCCACUGCUAACUUGAAUGGAAACUCCCGCCCAGAGGGGUCAGAGGGACCUUCAGAGGGGGUCACAGUCGUUGGAGAGGAUGCCGUGUCAUUCUGGCGUGCGCUGAAGGACGCAGGGCUGCUGGAGGAGGUGAUUGAGGACUUCCAGAAGGAGCUCCAAGAGGUCCUAAAGGGGCUGCAUGAAAGAGUGUGUGAACCAUCACUGCAGGUCAAAGAUGCCGCUUUGCUCGACAGCAUCGUGCACAACUUUGGAAUGCUGGAUCUGGUCAAGAAGGUUCUGAGCAGUCAUAAGAGCCAAAUGGACCAUUACAGAGAACAGUACACCAGCAGCCUCGUUGCUCUGGAGCAACAGUGUGAUGAGCACAGAAAACGAGCCAAGGAGCUGAAGAGCAAAUCUCAGCACCUCAACAACGUCCUGAUGAACCUCAGCCCUGGAUCCGUAGCCCCGGCGCCCAAGCGCUCCCGAAUGAGCCGCGCCGCCUCCAGCCCAGCGUCUGCCAUCCCCGCGCCCGCACAAGUCGCCCUGCCUCUCAGCCAAUUAAGUGGCGUGCCGCUCUGUAAGCUGCUGACUGUGGCGGGAGCUCCGGCGGCCUCCAACCUGAGCGGCUACACUCUGCUGACCUCGCCGCUCAACGGCUCGGAGCUGACGGCCGAUGCUUCCAACCUGACAGUGCUCUCCGCCGUGGCGGGUCAGGAGGGGGCGUCCUCCGAGAGCGGCGCCAUCGUCUCGUCGACCUUUGUCAAAAUGGUCAGUCCUCAUUUCCAGUUGGUGACACUCCCGGCCACGUUGCAGGGCCUGGCCAGCUCACAAAACACUUGCAUCACGCAGCCGGUCGGCACCAUUACUGUGCUGGACGCCACGGCAACAACCGCAGACAUUUUCCUACAGGGAGUUGAAGCUGAUGAAAAUGAAGAAGGUCAGCACAAUGAGGUCGUCGUAGUAGGACGAGAAAGGAUCCUCGGCGGAGCGCACCGAGAUUUUGAAGUGGCGACGCAGGAAGCCCCCGUAGCGCUUGUCCCACUUGAUGUUGUUCAGUUUGGGUCUGAUGCGCCUCAUGAAGCCCCCGUAGCGCUUCUGAAGCUCCUCGGGUUCCUCGGAUUCGUUUCUCUUGGACUUCGGGCCAAACUUGCGUAAAAAGCCGCCGUAACGUUUCACGUGAUCAUAGGCGCGGAGCGCGUUUCCCUCCGGGUUGUUCUCCGCUUCUUCUGCCGGCACAUCAUUUCCUCUCUCCCCGGUCUUCUUCAAUAAGUCCGCCACUAUCUCCGCAACGUGCUUGUCCCGCCAAGGGGAGGACAGUAGCUCCUUGAUGGUCUGGUCCAGCUUCUUCAGGAACUGCGCGUCGGCUUGUUUGCUGGCCCCAUCUUCUUCAUCCUCUUGCUCCUUCUCAUCUUCGUGUCUCACCUCCUCCAGACCCGCAACGCGUUCACACAGCGACGGCUCAUCCCCACACAACAACCCGCACCACUGCAACACACCCAUGGAU